AUGGGGACUGCUGAAUUUGGGACUGCUAAAUAUCUCAGUAAGCAAAUGAAGGCCAAAGGUCUUCAAAAACUACGAUGUUACUGUCAAAUUUGUGGGAAACAAUGUAGGGACGAAAACGGGUACAAAUCGCAUUGUAGAUCGCCAUCACAUAUGAAAAGGAUCAGUCAAAUGACGCCCAAAGAUGUGGAUAAGUUUACGGAGCUGUUUGAAAAGAGUUUUUUGAAGGUUCUGAGACUCUCACAUGGUGAAAAGAAAAUCGAAGCCAACAAGUUUUACAAUGAAUUCAUUCAGGAUAAGGAUCAUAUACAUAUGAAUGCGACCAAAUUUACGUCUCUGACAAAAUUUAUAGUUCAUUUGGGCAACAGCGGGAAGAUUAGAAUUCAUGGCACCGGGGACGGUGACGGCGACAGUGACGACGACAGUGACAGUGUCAAUGUUGAAGAGGGAAGAGUCUUUAUAAGCUUUAUCGACAAUUCGUUCGAAAAUUUGAUGCGAAAUGAACGACUGGACAAAGUUACGCAAUCGGAAGUGUCGGAUCAGGACGUGAGAAACAAAUUGCUGCAGCAGCAGAUUAAAGAGGGGCAAAACUCGGUGGAGACCGACGAUAACGACAAGGCAGAAGUGCCAACUGUGCGAGUCGACAAAGUCGCCAUAAAGCUACCCAAAGCAGAGUCCAAGGGCAAAAUCACCAAGAAGAAGAAGAACGUUUUCAAGACGAGGGAAUGA